GCCGGCGCUUCCCAACCUGCUCCGCCGCCCGCCGCUCCCCCCGCCCCCGCGGGGCCGCGCUACCUGCGCGCUCGCCCCCUCCCCGCCCCGGAGGAGCGGCCGCCCGCCCCGCCGAGAGGCGGGCGCGCCGGGGAGCUGCCUUCGCCGCCCGCAGCCCCGCGCCGGCCAGCCCGCGGGGACCGGGGCUGCAGCCGCUGCGGCCGCUCGCUCGCUGCCGGGCAGGGGAAAGUUUGCCGCUCUUCCUCCUCCUCCUCCUUCGUCCCCCGUGCGCAGACCCCGCGGGCGCCCCCGGGCAGGGGCAUGGCGCACUGAGCGGCCGGGCCGGCGGCGGCCCCGCCGCACCUGAGCGGCGGGGCGGGGGGGGGGAGGAGGGCUGCGCCGCGGUGCCCCGCGGGCGGCCAUGCGCGGCGGCGGGGGCGAGCGCUGAGCCCCGCUGGCCUGGCUGCCCCCCGCCGGCCCGGGCCGUAGCCGCCGCGGGGGGGCAGGGCUGGAGGGCGGCGGGGAGCCCCCGGGGAGAGGGGGAAGCGGGGACCUCGCCUGCCUCCGCCCGGCCGAGCGCCAUGCCGCGGCGGCUGGCCUGGCUGUGCUGCUGCUGGGCGCUGCUGCUGGGCGCCUGCCGCCCCGCCGAGCCCGCGCUGCCCGCCGAGGGCGCGGAGCCGCCGCCGCCCGCCGCCGCCUCGGGCUUCCUCUACCGGCGGCUGAAGUCGCACGAGAAGCGGGAGAUGCAGCGGGAGAUCCUCUCGGUGCUGGGGCUGCCCCACCGCCCCCGGCCGCUGCCGCGGGAGCCGCCGGCCCCGCCGCCGGGGCGCCUGACGGCGGCGCCGCGCUUCAUGCUGGACCUGUACCACGCCCUGGCCGAGGGCGCGGAGGGCAGCGCGGGCGCGGAGCGCAGCGGCCGCCCGCCGCCCCCCGCCCCGCCGCCGCUGCCCAGCGCGCAGGACAGCGCCUUCCUCAACGACGCCGACAUGGUCAUGAGCUUCGUCAACCUGGUUGAGUAUGACAAGGAGUUCACGCCUCACCAGCGGCACCACAAGGAGUUCAAAUUUAAUUUGUCUCAGAUUCCUGAGGGUGAGGCCGUCACAGCCGCUGAGUUUCGGAUCUACAAGGAUUGCGUUGUGGGGAGCUUUAAAAACCAAACCUUCCUUAUCAGCAUCUACCAAGUGCUGCAGGAACAUCAGAACAGGGCCUCUGACCUGUUCCUGCUGGACACACGGGCGGUGUGGGCCUCAGAGGAGGGCUGGCUGGAGUUUGAUGUCACUGCCACCAGUAACAUGUGGGUGAUGAACCCUCAGCACAACAUGGGACUGCAGCUGAGCGUGGUGACGCGGGAUGGUUUCAGUGUAAAUCCUAGAGAAGCAGGCCUUAUAGGCCGAGAUGGCCCUUAUGACAAACAGCCUUUCAUGGUGGCCUUCUUCAAAGUGAGCGAAGUUCACGUACGGACCACUAGAUCAGCAACGAGCAGGCGCAGGCAGCAGAGUCGAAACCGCUCCACCCAGGCUCAGGAUGUUUCCAGGGUGUCUAGUGUCACAGAUUACAACAGCAGUGAUUUAAAAACAGCGUGCAGAAAGCAUGAACUUUAUGUUAGCUUCCAAGACUUGGGAUGGCAGGACUGGAUAAUCGCUCCAAAGGGCUAUGCAGCCAACUACUGCGAUGGGGAGUGCUCAUUCCCACUCAACGCCCAUAUGAACGCAACCAAUCAUGCCAUUGUACAAACUCUGGUUCAUCUUAUGAAUCCCGAUUAUGUUCCCAAACCAUGCUGUGCACCUACCAAACUAAAUGCCAUAUCUGUUCUUUAUUUCGAUGAUAAUUCUAACGUAAUCUUGAAGAAAUACAGGAAUAUGGUAGUAAGAGCUUGUGGAUGUCACUGACGAACAGUCUUCACAUGGACUCUGUGAUUCUGCCAUGAACUUUCAUACUACCUUCCGUGCUUUCAUGAACUACCUGACCUUGGAGGAAAAAAAAAAAGCCCACGAUGAACCACCUUUUAGAAUACCACGUAUGUGCCUUGUGGGAGGAAGGGGUGUGGGGACCACACGCUGGGGUGCGUGGACUGACCCUGCGCCAUAGCGGCUGCUCGGCUCUGCAGAGCCGGGGUGCACAAAGCAGCGAUAUGCCCACACACGCUUUAUUUGGCUGGGAUGGUCUUAAUCUCGCAUAGCAGUUUGGCUUUCAUCAGUUGCUUGGAUGGGUGCUACAGUUUUACCAGAUGGGCACCCAACACCCAAAACAAGUGAGGUUUUUUGUGGAGGGGAAGGCAAGGGGAGAGACAGGGAAGCUAGAGUAAAGACUCAGAGCAUACAUCUUGUACAAGGUAAUUCUUAAGGUGAGGAACUGCCUUUUGUCUAGAAGGACCAGUUACUACACCUAGACUGUUCGUCUCCUCCUGAAAUCUGCCAUGGCAGUAAGCAUCUUAAAUUGUGCCAAAGCAAAUGCUUCAGGGCUCUUAUUGUCCAAGCACAGUUUAAGUCUGAUCCUGCAGGUGUACGAGGGCUUGGCUGCACCCUGUGUGAGAAACACUAGCGUGAACUCGGGCCCUGGCUGGUCUCUCCCAUUCACUAUUUGACUGAGCAAUAGAACUUCACACACUUGUUCUUACGCAACUUCCUUCCACUGCCCACGCGGAGCUGCCUCCUCUACUACCGCUUGCCCAGGAAGGAAGUCGGGAUGCUUCUACAGCUGUAAUUCAGACGUGAAAGUUUAGGGGCCAUUCAUUCUCUAGUGGGACAAUUUAUUUACAGGAAGACAGAAUGCCAACAAGAUACGCAAGUCUUUGGCCAACCUUUCCCAUUCAACUCACGCAACUAACAAACUGGUAUAAAGGAUACAUUCACACUGUAGCCACGGUUUGUCUAGCAGAAGCUAAUAGCAAAUUGUUUUGAUCCAUAUUAAACUUGUAUUAAAUGCACUUACCUCUAAUUCUUGCAUUUAAAAGGCUUCUUGUAAAUACAAGCUAUAAUUUAUUGCACUUGUCACUGUAUAUUCAUUGUUCUGUACCAUUUAUAGGAAGACUGCUUUUUUAAAAAGUUUUUUAUUUAGAAAAGUCUCAGUGUAAACAAUUGUACCACUUCGAUUUUAUACAAGAAACUCAUGAGAUUGUGCUUCACUAGAAAGUUGUUAAAAACGUAAUAAUAAAGGCUUCCUUUAAGGCAGAAGUAUAUACAUCGACCUAAUACAUCUGCCAGUACAACACUUAGCUUUCACUGUGGCUUUUUCACCAUGACACAUUUUUCGAUUGUCCAGAA